CUUCUCCGGUAUUCUUCGUUUCAUCUCCGUUAUUCUUCGAUCUUCCUCGUCGGCCUUCGUGCUGCUUCGUUCGUCAUCUCGCUUCCUGGUUCCCGCACCGCCGCUGAAGUGUCUCCGGCGCACCGCUCAACAAGUCCAAAGUUGUCCAGACACGUUAGUAGGGAUGGCCGCCUUGACGGGGAGCCCUGAUGCGAGAGGGACGCCGGCGGCACCUUACCUAGAAAUGUGACGUGCAAGACGGCAGCGUCUUUUUUUUUUUGGAUUUCCACGAGCGGUUGGAAGCGAAGUCGACGGGCUAGCUUUUAGCCACCUAGCGCGCUAGCUGCUCCUAGCUAGACAACCGUCAGCGCGAUCCGUUAUCCGCCCCGCGCGCGGGAGCUGGCGGAUACUUGGUCGGGUUCGGGUGUUCGAACGGCGGGCGUGGAGUCGGCCGUUAGCCGCUGGAACGGAGUGGAGCAUGGAGAACAGGGACAAGGUGCAGAUGCGGAACCACCCUCGCAGGCAGCUGAAGAAGCUGAGCGAGGACAGCCUGACGAAGCAGCCCGAGGAAGUGUUCGACGUCCUGGAGAAGUUGGGUGAAGGGUCGUACGGCUGCGUGUUCAAGGCUCACUACAGAGAGACGGGAGAGAUCGUGGCCAUCAAACAGGUUCCCGUCGAGUCGGACCUACAGGAGAUCAUCAAGGAGAUCUCCAUCAUGCAGCAGUGCAACAGUCCACAUGUGGUGCGCUACUACGGCAGCUACUUCAAGAACAGUGACCUAUGGAUUGUCAUGGAAUACUGCGGGGCGGGAUCUGUGUCCGACAUCAUACGCAUACGCAGCAAGACGCUGAGUGAGGAGGAGAUCGCCAGCAUCCUUCAGUCGACGCUGAAGGGUCUGGAGUACCUUCACUUCAUGAGGAAAAUCCACCGCGACAUAAAGGCGGGAAACAUCCUCCUCAACACGGAGGGCCAGGCCAAGCUGGCCGACUUCGGCGUCGCCGGUCAGCUGACGGACACCAUGGCCAAGAGGAACACGGUGAUCGGGACACCCUUCUGGAUGGCGCCAGAGGUGAUCCAGGAGAUCGGCUACAACUGCGUGGCCGACAUCUGGUCGCUGGGCAUCACCGCCAUCGAGAUGGCUGAGGGCAAGCCGCCCUACGCCGACAUCCACCCCAUGAGGGCCAUCUUCAUGAUCCCCACCAACCCUCCACCGACGUUCCGCAACCCGGAUUUGUGGUCGGUGCAAUUCCGGGACUUUGUGAGCCAGUGUUUGGUGAAGAACCCGGAGCACAGGGCCACGGCCACGCAACUGCUGCAGCACGCUUUCAUCAAGGCGGCCAAGCCCAGCAGCAUCCUCAGAGCGCUCAUCAGCGACGCCAUGGACAUUAAAGCCAAACGCCAGGAGGCGGCGGCGGCGCUCGCCGAGCAGGAUGACGACAACGAAUACGACAAUUCUGAGGAGGACGAGGUGGACCAGGGCACCAUGGUGAGGGCGGGGCCAGGUGACUCGGCAACCAUGCGUGCCGCCGGUUCGUUGGGCAAUGCGUUGAACGCCGCGGGCCAGCGAGACCCCGACAACGGCGAGGAGGAAGACGCGGGAACCAUGCGCUUGCAGCUGGGAACCAUGAUCAUCAACUCUGAGGACGAGGACGAGGCGGGCACCAUGAAAAGGACAGACGAGGCGUCCCCGCCCGCCAAACCGUCCUUCUUGGAAUACUUUGAGCAGAAGGAGAAGGAGGCCAGCAGUCCAAAUGGAAGACGCGGCGGCAGCGGAGAGGAGUGCAAAGUGCUCUCGGAUGCAGAUCUGGAGCUGGUGAGUUCGUGGUCGGUGGAGGACCUGCGUGUGCGUCUGGCCGCCUUGGACCCGCAGAUGGAGCAAGAAAUGGAGGAGAUCCGACAGCGCUAUCAAGCCAAGAGGAAACCCAUCCUGGACGCCAUCGAGGCCAAGAAGAGGCGACAGCAGCACAACAACUUGUGACUCCGCCGCCGCCAGAGGUGACGCAGCCGCACGCUUUGGGGGCUGGGAGGUCAGUGAACAUGAACUAACGUGCACACCAAAUGAUGAUUUGUGGCACUAAAUUCAUCUAAGGACGAAAUACAAAGGAAGAACGAAAAGAUCGUGCCAGGGCGUUUGCACAAGCAAAUGGAGCGCACUUUCUCUCAAAAUGCAGUUAGACUUGGACAGUUUCUAGCUAAGGUGCGCUCCUUUUGUCCUUCACGCGAAUGUAAAAGUUGCACCAUCGCGUCAUCCAGAACUAUUUUAUAUUUGGGAGUCCCCCGUUUGUAUUUCGUGGCCACCAAUGCUUAUUUUGCAUGCACGUUAUCCUGCAUCCAUGAAAUAAUAUUUUGUGGCC